AUGGAUUUGAAGAAGUUUGUCUUUAUUAGCGAUAAACUAAUUCAGUUUGAAGUCGACAUCCACGUCACUUCACUGUCCGAUGUCAGCGUACUUACGCUCCAAGUCCGUCGUGAUCAAGUUCAAGCGUUGUGGGAGAAGGUCGAGCAGCAAUAUGAGAAAUAUGAGGCACUCCCAGAUGGUAAAGACGAUAACUCUGAAGAUAUAGCCAUCCAAGCUCAAUAUGACAAAUGCUAUCAAGUUUACGAGCGAUGCACGGCUCGAUUAAACGAGCUUAUCCACGAAGCGUCUACUCCUCCGAACCGUCAUGGGCCUACCUCUGCACCAGCAGAACGAGGCUCUCGAUUGGCACCCAUUGACACAGAAGUCUUUACGGGAGAUUACUUUAAAUGGCCUACGUUCCGUGACUUGUUUACCGCCAUCUACAUAAGCGAUUCGCGAAUUUCCCCCGUUGAAAAGCUGUACCAAGCCAACCUCAUUGUAGCAAAAUUCCCGCUUACAAAUGAUGGUUUUGAAACGGCAUGGAAUGCACUCAAACAGCGUUUCGAAAAUAACCGACUUAUCGUGAACAGCCAAUUCCGAGCACUUCUUGACCUGCCGCAAAUUUCCCAUGAGUCCGGAAAAGCAUUACAGGAUCAUCAGAAUACUCUGCAAGCAUCCAUUCGUGCUUUUGAGCGCUGUGGCCUGCCAGUAACCACUUGGGGAGGCAUGUUCGUAUUUUUCUGUUCCAUCAAAUUGCCAAAGAACACCCUUUCACUGUGGGAACAAUCUCUGGGAGACAAGACUGCCAUUCCAGAGUGGCAAAUGAUGGACGAUUUCCUCACUGAGCGGUUCCUUACGCUCGAAGCAGUUGAAAAUACAACUGCAAUGGCUAUUUCGGUUCCCACAUCGAAACCUCCGCGAAAUCCGCUUCCAACCACCCGAAAGGCUAAUACAUUUGAAGCCAAGGUGACCACCAAACCAAAAUCCUGGCAUCAAGUAAAAGAUUGUCCGAGUCAGCACAAUUGCUUCACGUGCAAGGGGCGUCACAAUACGCUCUUGCACAAGGAUGCCCGACCGGAGAAUAGUCCAACGCCGGUCCCAGCUCAGCCCAGUUCUCACAAUAUUGUCCGGACUUACUUUACCUCUAAGGCAAGGUCCUCACGAGAUAAGUUGCUAGGUACAGCCAUCGUGGACUUUUGGCACAAGGGCACUACUUAUGCUUCACGGGCGCUAUUAGACCCGGCUUCGGAAGCCAAUUUCAUAUCCGAAAGAAUGUUCCGGCUCAUAAAGUUACCAUUCCAAACUGUCAGGGCCGAAGUGACAGGCACUAACGCAAAGGUCAAUAGAACCUUGAAGGUCUGUCACAUAAGCAUUCGGACAUCGCAUGGAUCUCCAGCAAAGAUCGAUCUACUUCUUGGCAUUGAUGUCAUACCAGCGGUGACCCUUUCCGGCAUCCAGACCGAAGUGUGCGUAUCUGUAAUGGCUCAAGAGACGAGAUUCGGUUGGGUCAUUUCAGGACCGUUGCAAGGGGUCCCCGUUAGUUCGUGUGCCGCGUUCACCACGAGGGUCGCUGUUAGCAGAGAGGAGGCGCUUGAAACUCUUCUCACAAGGUUUUGGGAGGUUGAGGAUCUACCGGGCAAACCGGUAGAGGAUUCUGAUUCUGUUUGCGAGGUUAAUUUCCAGAAGACCACAAGAAGAGAUGUUUCGGGAGAUAUACGACCAGGGGCAUUGGCUCAGUUCCUAAAAAACGAAGGCCGGCUCCUAAAAAAUAUUCCGGCGAAAACUGAGUAUGACGCCGUCAUCCAAGAAUAUUUGGACUUGGGCCAUAUGCGUCAGGUGCCAUUUGACGGCAGUAAUAACAAUUUUUAUUUGCCACACCAUGCAGUUUUCAAGCCCGACAGCACCACAACAAAAGUACGGGUAGUCUUUAACGCCUCUAGAAAGUCCACAAACGGAGUAAGUCUCAACGACAUACUUUACCCUGGUCCGGUACUUCAGUCCGAUCUCACUACUCAGAUUCUCAAGUGGCGUUUUUUCCGAGUAGUUUUCAAUGCCGACAUCACAAAAAUGUACCGCCAAAUUAUGGUCGAUCCAAUCCAUACGCCAUUUCAGAGGAUCCUGUUCCGAAAUAAAGAGGGGCAACUUGGUGAUUACGAGCUGAAUACCGUCAACGAUAUUAUCAAGUCCUAUAUGUAUGUCGAUGAUGUCCUGGCAGGGGCUCACAAUGGAGCAACGGCAAUCGCAAUGGUCAAUGAACUUCAAGGUGCUCUUGGUUCAGCUGGUGGCAGGAUUUUACAAAGAGCUACUCCUUCCUUGACCAGAUCCGAAUUCCACGACAAAAACAACGAUUUCGUGACAAGCAUUAUUCGUCUCGAGCCGCACGUCCCAAUAGAAGAACCAAAUGAAGAUCUCCAGGAACCUAUAUCGCCAAGGUCAGAUAUUCCUCCAAACGACGAUACGGACUUCGACGAAGAGGAGGAGGAAGAUUUUGUCACUGCGAGUGAUGACAAAAUCACAAAUCAACAGCAGGAUCUAAAACCGAUCCAGAGAAAAAUUGUUGGAAAAUAA